AUGACGGUAGUUGAGGAUCAGUUUUCACGUAUUAGUAUCAAUAAGUCACCGAGAAGAAAGAAGAUAUAUGGGCAACAUGCAGACAUAAAUUAUGAACCGGUGCUGUGUGAGAGCUCUCUAAAAACGCCGGUUCGGCUCUAUGAUCAAGCUCCUGCAUCGAAAAGUACGAUAAAAUCUCAUAGAACUGAAAAUUGCAAUAUUUGUCCCAUGUCGGAUCAAUCUAAUUCCAAAAAGACUUACCAAUUUUCAUUUAUGAAAGAAACAACAUCGUCGAUCCAGAAACGGCAAAACUUGAAUCCUUUCUUAUGCGAUUCUUAUAACAGUCCGCUCGCAAGGACGACUUCGUCUACAUCAUCGACUAGAAAGAGACUUGAAUAUUCCAGACAAUUAUCCUAUAAUUUACGAACUAGGCGACACAUAUCGCUCAAUGCCGCAACUCCAAGCACCAAGGUACCCUGUGAUAUUACAAAUAUCUCUGGCUCCAUUGAGACGACUAUCGAUAAAUCCUUGAGAAAUGCUAGUUAUGUGCCCACUAGAAAGGAAAAGGAAAAGGAGAAGGAGAAGGAGAAGGAAAAGGAGAAGGAAAAGGAGAAGGAAAAGGAGAAGGAGAAGGAGAAGGAGAAGGAGAAGGAGAAGGAGAAGGAGAAGGAGGAAGAAGAGGAAGACAAUGAAUUAUCACCUUCUAAAGCGAAGCGGAUCGUGACCCAGCGUCCUUCUUUAAAUUUGCCGCCUGCUAAUGUAUUUAAUAGAUUAUACACACCUUCACAACAGCAACAAACCGGGAAUAACAUAUCUACACAAGUUGCGCCCCUCAAGACAUCAAGAAGGUCAGCUAGUCGGCCGAAAAUAGACUCAAUUUUGCAUCUUUACAACUUGCUAUACAAACGCAACCCCAGAUUAUUUGCUCAUUCUAUCAUCACUUCCGAGGCCCCAACUAGUUCUCACCGAGCACCUUUAGAAAUCAAAGAUCUAUCUUUCCAAGCUUUAAAUGUUUACGAACGAGGUGAACUAAUGCGCAAAAACAAUCUAUAUUACGUGCCAUUGAACUUCUCGAGAAACGUGAAUAUGAAAAGUUUUGGAGAUAACUUUGGCUUUGAUGAUAGGGAUGGGAACUACAAAGUCAUGCCCAAGGACCAUAUCAAUUACCGAUACCAAGUUAUAGAAAGUAUUGGCAAUGGUUCGUUCGGAAAGGUGAUUUUAGCUCAAGAUCACAAGUUUGUAGGGAAAAACCUUUUGGCAAUUAAAGUUAUAAACAACAACUUCAAUUCAUCAAUACAGUCCAUUAAUGAGAUUAAGGUAUUGAAAUAUAUUAAGGAGCGCAACGGGCACCCCAACAUUAUCAAUUUCUAUAAUCAUUUCAAUUUCAGAAGCCACAUUUGUAUAACAACAGAACUAUUAUCGCUCAAUCUAUAUUCACUACUUGAAAUUACUAAUUUCCAAGGAUUUUCUGCGGAUUUAGUGAGACAGUUUGCCAAACAAAUGCUCAAUGGUUUAUCGUUCCUCCAUAGCUUGAAAAUAUUGCAUUGUGACCUCAAGCCUGAAAAUAUCAUGCUAAAACUCCCAUCAGAUCCAACAAGCCAGGAGCUUAUAGUCAAGCUAAUCGAUUUUGGCUCUGCUUGUUUUGACGAUGAGAAGGCAUUCACAUAUAUUCAAUCACGAUUCUACCGCGCACCUGAGGUAAUCAUUGGUGCAGCAUAUGACAACAAAAUUGACAUUUGGUCGUUUGGCUGUGUUCUUGCCGAAUUAUUCACCGGUGUACCCUUGCUACCAGGUAAAAAUGAAAUCGAUCAAAUUGGGUUAACUUUGGAAAUUUUUGGGGUGCCAAAAUCUUCAACUAUAUUAAGGUUGAGAUCACAGUUAUCCAAAUCCUUGUUUCAACAAAACACAAAGAGAAUCGAAAAUGGAUGUAAACCACAAUUGCCAAAUGCAAAACAAGUUAAAAAAGCAUUACUUUAUAGAAUUUUUGAUCUUGAUGGGAAGAUUAACUUGACUUGCUUGAAUAAUUAUAAAGCGUUAACCAACAACGUUCCAUCUGCUGCUGCUGCUGCUGCUGCUGCUGUUGUUACUACCACAACGACCGCAACUGUCAAGAAACAAGUCAGGUUAAAUUCAAAAAAUUUAGAGAUGUGUUUGGCAAUCAACAAUUCCACAUGUGGCUCCUCGAUCGGCAGGGCACUAUUUGUAAAAUUUUUACAAAGAAUCUUUGUCUGGGAUCCUCUCGAGAGAUCUAGUGCCGAGGAUUUGUUGAAAGACUCUUUUUUGUCAGGCACUUGA